AUGGCAUACGCUUUAGAUCAUAGGAAGGGCCUUGUCAUUGUAGCUGUCAUCCUGCUGAUUUCCACUCUAACUUACUUUGGUCAUAUUUACAAUCUACAUUCAACGACUAUAUCGUCUACUGAUGCGAGCUAUUUGUCCAAUGAACAGACAUUUUUCGACAAUAAUAUGACAGCAUUUGAUCCCUCAAUAUUGCCCACACUAGAAACAAACUGCCAAUGCGAACAGGCAUCCGAAGAGCCCAUGAUUGAGCAAGAGCAAGGGCAAGAGCAACAGCAACAGCAAAUUGAGAUUCCAGACUUGUUACCUCCUCCACCAAAAGAAUUAAUGGACAAGAUCAACAACAAUAUGCUUCAAGAUCGAGUGCUCAUUGUUGCUACAGCAAACUACGGUAUGCGCAAUCAUGUCUAUAACUGGAUCGAGAGUAUGAAAAAAACCGGCGAAGAAAAGUUCUUGAUCUUUUGCUUUGAUCAAAAGCUGUAUGACCACCUCACAUUGGCUGGAUACAGCGACCGAGCAUCUCUGAUACCAGAUGUCUGGUUCCAUCAACAAGUGGAAGCUGACUUCAAGACCUACUUUAGCAAAGAAUAUCGCAUCAUUACACACUCCAAGACGCUGGUUGUGCAGCAAUUGUUAUAUUUAGAUGUUGCUGUAUUUUUCACAGAUGUUGACAUUGUGUGGCUCAGACCCCGUCUGGUAGAAUACGUCAAUACACUCCUACAAAUCCGACCAGAAACACAUGUAUUAUUCCAGCAGGAAGGUUUCAAUCAGCAAGAGAUCAACAGUGGAUUCUAUUUGAUGCGCCCAACGGUUGAAAUGAAACGUUUGUUAGCAGAGACAAUUCAGAUUCAAGAUUCAAACGAUGCAAAGACUCAGCAAGGUGCCAUGAAUGCCGCCUUGGAUCACCUCAAUAUGGACCUGAGAACUUCCUCGGUUGUCUUGCUGGAUGUUUUACAUUUCCCUAACGGAUUCGUCUACUAUGACCAUGACCUCCCAAACAAGCAUGGUAUCAAGCCAUUUAUGGUUCAUGCAAACUACUUGGUGGGCGAAGAUAAAAAGACAAAAUUAAUGGAGAGCAACUUUUGGUACGUGAAUGAUACUUGGCUGGACCAAAUGGAUGCCAAAUUAGAAGCAUCAAUGGCCAAGAAGGCACUAAAAAAGAAGACCAUAAACAAAAAGCCUGCCUCCCUAUCGCCAUCCAGCAACGCCAGCAACAAAUCAACAUCAAAGCACCACAAGUAA